AUGUCAGACCGGGAAAGCGCCAAUUCUACCUCCAACACUACUAGUGACGGUGAGAAAAGUGAUAAGUCUACUGGUCGACCUAAGGAAUGGCAGGACCAAGAUCCUGAAAACAAGCACGAUGAUUGCCCUGAUAAUAGAGAGGGCAGAGACCCUAAUGCGACUCGUGUUCACUGGCGAGCCAAUACUGAGUCCAUGCGAGACAUCGCUCGAACACCACCACGAGAAGAUCUCAGAACAGAAUGGGACAAGGCCCAAAAAGAGGGCGAGCCACAUCCGUCCACCAUGCCAUAUGAACACGAAUCCGUCGAUAUCGCGGAUGAGCCUCGUCAGCCACAACAGGACUGGUCAGCAUCCCAAAAGACUGAAGAUAUAGGGCCGGACGAAAAGGCCCCCCCGGAAAAGCCGUCAGAAUAUGAUCCUGAGCGGAAGAAUAUACCAGCUACUAUGACUCCCUCCUCGGUACGAGAACGAUUGCGUUCAUUCUCUUCCAACUGGUCGCGCAGAGCUUCAGAACUAGCCACACGAUUAGGUCGGCCAGAGUAUACCGGUGAUGAUCUGACGUCGGGUGUCUACCAUGGAGACUCGGCAACCGGAAACGCGGUGCCUGAGUCCGACUUCACCGAUGAUAAACAUAAAACGGAUGAUCAAAAACAUGAAGACAAGGCAAAUAGCAGCUCCGAGGCCCAUAGAUUGGUGCGCGAUCUUACACAAGACCAUUCAUCACCACGGCGGAGAGUUCGAGGGCGACCAUACGGCGCAGGAGCUGGCAAGAACUAUGUCGGUGGACCGCACGAGUUGGCUAUUGAUUCUGGACUUCGAUAUCGCUCUGGCGGAGGUGGUGUUCUGUCGCAAUUGAUGAAGCUACAGGGACAAGAAAUUAAACAGCAGGAGGGGAGUAAACCGCGGACUUCCAGUGAGUCGUCGGAAAGCUCGCAAACUAGCUCUGCUUCUGGAGCCUCUGUUUCCAGCUCAGGGAGUGGGCUGACAGGGAAGAAGGCAAAGCCCGUGAAAUGGUAUAAGAGGCCUCCCAAUACUUCGACAUCGACUUUGAUUGGGGGUGCAGCAAGUUUGAGCGGAGCGAGCACACCAAUCUCCGAUGAAGUGAUAUCUGCGGCGCAGAGGCGACAAGGAAAACAGCCGAAUCGAAACGUAAAGCUCGAGGAUGAGAUUCGAGUAACGGUUCACAUUGCAGAGAUUAUCUGUCGACAACGGUAUAUUAUGCAGCUGUGCCGAGCGUUAAUGUCGUUUGGAGCUCCCACCCAUCGGUUGGAAGAGUAUAUGCAGAUGACAGCAAAGGUACUCGAGGUCGAUGCUCAGUUCUUGUACCUGCCAGGCUGUAUGAUCAUGGCAUUUGAUGAUACCUCGACGCGAACGACAGAAUUUAAGCUUGUCCGAGUGGCGCAGGGUGUUGAUCUUGCUCGUCUCUCCGAUUCACAUCUUAUUUACAAAAAUGUGAUCCACGAUGUCAUCGGCAUUGAGGAAGCAGUGCAGGAAUUGGAGGAAGUGGUUAACUCCAAACCACACUAUCCCAAAUGGUUGGUUGUUCUCGUGUACGGGCUGGCAACCGCAACAGUCGGUCCUUUCGCCUUCAACGCCCGACCGAUCGAUAUGCCCAUCAUAUUUCUCAAUGGUCUUUGUGUUGGAGCUAUGCAGCACCUCGCAGCACCUCGCUCGGUUUUAUAUUCCAACGUUUUCGAGGUGACAUCGACUGUGGUUACCUCCUUCAUCGCCCGUGCCUUUGGAAGUAUCAAGAUCACUUUAGCCGAUGGGAAAAAACAGUAUCUGUUCUGCUUUUCAGCCAUCGCUCAGUCCUCGAUUGCCUUGAUCUUACCCGGUUUUCUUGUACUAUGUAGCAGUCUAGAACUGCAGUCUCAUCAAAUCAUCGCCGGUUCAAUUCGAAUGGUCUAUGCGAUCAUCUUCUCUCUCUUCAUUGGCUAUGGCAUAACAGUCGGUACUACCGUUUAUGGCCUAAUUGAUCGAAACGCCGUUUCAGAUAUUCAGUGUCCCCAGGAAGGUGCUUUCAAAAGCCCUUAUGUCCAGCACUUCCCUUUCGUCUUCGUUAUGACUUUCUGGCUCUUAAUCAUCAACCAAGGCAAAUGGAAGCAACUUCCGCCAAUGACAUUCAUUGCCAUGUGCGGAUAUAUCUCCAAUUACUUCAGCACGCUACGUCUCGGUUCAAAUUCCCAGGUCGCUAAUACCGUCGGCGCAUUCUGCAUUGGCAUCCUGGGUAAUCUGUACAGCCGCUUGUGGCACGGUCAUGCUGCGACUGCCAUUCUGCCCGGAGUAUUCAUCCUGGUGCCUUCAGGCCUCGCUGCGACAGGGUCCUUGAUCUCAGGAGUGCAAUCGGCGGAUGCCAUUCGCCAGAAUGUGUCCUCUCAUCACGCCGCCAGCUCCUCGCCGGGAGCUGGGCUUUCUGGAACCUCGGUGUUUAGUCUGGGAUUCGGCAUGAUCCAGGUGGCUAUAGGCAUCACCAUAGGACUCUUCAUUUCAGCCCUGGUGGUCUAUCCGUACGGUAAACGUCGGAGUGGACUGUUCAGCUUCUGA